AUGCAGAUGCAUACGCAUGCUGGAGGAGGUUCGGCAGCACGAAGCGGUCGCGUGAAGGUUGGUGACCAGGUUUUGGCAAUUGAUGGCAUCGAUGUUACUGGAAUGAGCUAUCUGGAAGCGACCAAGACGCUGCGGUCGCGCCCGCAAGGUCCGAUCACAAUGAUCAUCCGCUCUCGCCUGCUCUGA